AUGGCUUCUGCAGCAGCAGAGGAGGAGAAGGGAUCUCCGAUUGUGGUGGGGCUGCUGGUCGUGGGCAACAUCAUUAUUCUGCUGUCAGGCCUGGCCCUGUUUGCCGAGACAGUAUGGGUGACGGCUGACCAGUACCGCGUGUACCCGCUGAUGGGCGUCUCAGGCAAGGAUGACGUGUUCGCUGGCGCCUGGAUCGCCAUCUUCUGCGGCUUUUCUUUCUUCGUCGUGGCCAGCUUGGGUGUGGGCGCAGCGCUCUGCCGCCGGCGGUCCAUGAUCCUCACGUACCUGGUGCUCAUGCUCGUGGUGUACAUCUUCGAGUGCGCCUCCUGCAUCACGUCCUACACCCACCGAGACUACAUGGUGUCCAACCCAUCCCUGAUCACCAAGCAGAUGCUGACUUUCUACAGUGCGGACUCGGACCAGGGCCAAGAACUGACUCGCCUCUGGGACCGCAUCAUGAUCGAGCAAGAGUGCUGUGGCACAUCUGGUCCCAUGGACUGGGUGAACUACACAUCAGCCUUCCGGGCGGCCACCCCGGAGGUGGUGUUUCCCUGGCCCCCACUGUGCUGUCGGCGGACGGGCAACUUCAUUCCCCUCAAUGAAGAAGGCUGUCGCCUGGGCCACCUGGACUACCUAUUCACCAAGGGCUGCUUUGAACACAUUGGCCAUGCCAUCGACAGCUACACGUGGGGCAUCUCGUGGUUUGGGUUUGCCAUCCUGAUGUGGACGCUCCCCGUGAUGCUGAUAGCCAUGUAUUUCUACACCACACUGUGAGCAACGAGAAGGGAUGGCCACUGCACACCUUGGCCUCCUCCUGACCCUCCUUCCUCCGGCUGGGCCUUGGCUGGCUGCCUCGCCUCUCCCCUUUCCAGCACCUUCACCCUUCCCUCCUUCUACUCCCAAGAGCUUU